AUGUCCGCUAUUUACAAACUUUCCAUACAGGGUAUCCGGUCUUUUGAUUCAAAUGAACGUGAGACCAUUGAAUUUGGGAAACCACUAACGUUAAUUGUGGGAAGUAAUGGAUCUGGCAAGACAACAAUUAUAGAGUGUUUGAAAUACGCCACUACCGGGGACUUACCACCAAACAGUAAAGGGGGUGCAUUCAUACAUGAUCCAAAGAUUACAGGAGAGAAGGAUGUACGUGCCCAAGUGAAGCUGGCGUUCACUGGUGCCAACGGGGCAAAUAUGAUUGUUACACGUAACAUUCAGCUGCUGGUAAAAAAGACGACAAACACGUUUAAGACAUUAGAGGGCCAGUUGGUGGCAAUAAACCGCGGUGAAAGGACCACCUUAAGUAGUAGAGCUGCUGAACUUGAUGUUCAAGUACCUCUAUACAUGGGUGUUCCUAAGGCUAUUUUAGACUACGUGAUAUUUUGUCACCAGGAGGAUAGUUUAUGGCCACUGAGUGAGCCUUCCAAUUUGAAAAAGAGAUUUGAUGAGAUAUUCCAAGCGAUGAAAUUUACCAAAGCACUUGAUAACCUUAAAACAAUUAGAAAAGACAUGACUGUUGAUAUCAAAAUUCUACGCCAGGUAGUUGAACAUCUUAAGAUCGAUAGAGAUCGGAGCCGGGCUACUAAAGUUAACAUAUCAACUUUAGAACAUAAAAUCAAAGAUUACCAUGAUCAAUUUAGAUUAGUUGAGAAGCAAUUGGAAAGUAUCACGCAACGAUCAGAUAACCUCUUCAAAUCUAACCAAGAGUUCCAGGAAGUUCUUUCAAAACUAGAAAAUCUCAAACAUAGCAGAUUAUCGACCUCCGAGCAGAUAAAAAGGUUGCAGGAUACGAUCGAGACGUUGGAUCUGCCUAAAGCGGAGCUGGAAAACCUUCUUACCAAUUAUUCUUCAGUUCUUGAUGAAAAGAGAAAAGCUAUAGGUGACCUGGAGAAUAAGAUUCGCAAGAGUUCUAAGGUGCUCGAAGGUUAUCGGGAGGAUUAUAAUCGAUCUAUUUUGAAAGAGGGUGAGUUGCUCGCGAAAGAAACUUCUUAUCUUGAAAACCGUAAGUUAAGAGACGCAUUGAAGGAGCAAAUUAUGUUCGACGAGAAUCUUAGCGGCGAUAAUAUUCCGGUUAAGAUGAAGGAAUUAUUAGAUACCAGAAUGACAAAAAUGGAACAGGUCAUUUCAGAGCACAAUAAGGAGCGUCUGGUUUUGCAACAAAAUCUCUCCGAACUUGAGAGUUCUCAUGCAAAGGAGGAGCAACACUUACAAUAUUGCAAUUCUGACAAACUUAAGCUACGAAAAGAAAUUGAGGAGAUUCAGACAAAGAUUUCUAGCCUCGUAGUUUCUGAAGAAGAUUUGCUUAGGGAGAAAAAAGCUUUGAAUAACUUUCAAACAAGAAUCGAUAAUCAUAAUAACGAGCGUGAUGGAGAAAGAAUUAAUAGAUUAAUCAAAGAAAAGAACGUGGAAAUUUCAGAGUGUGAAAAAGAGCUUGAGAAAAAUCAACAGCUUAUAAUAAAGAAUAAUAAACAAUCUGAUUUGCACGCUAAGUUUUCCUUGACGAAGAAGAGUUUAGAGAGGAAAAGGAAUGAAUUCGACAGCACGCUGUCUCAUCUAAAAUCCAAUGAGCGUGCCAAGAGAUGGGGUUUGACUGAAGUUUCGGAUUUCGAAAUGGACUUCAAGACUUUCUAUAUUAAUCUUCAGAAAAGCAUGGCCAUCAAAACCAGAGAAUUUAAUGAGAUAAACAAAAAAGUAACUGAAGAAGAAUUUCAUGUUUCUCAAUUAACGCAGGAAAAAGCUGCUAAGGAAACAGAUAUUGAAAAAUACUCGCUUCGUAUUAAUGAAACUUUACCUGAAGACUGUUCUGUCGAAGAUUAUCAAGAAGUUUUAGAGGAGACCGAAGAUUCUUAUCGCGUUGCACUCGAAAACUUAAAAAUGCAUAAAACAACAUUAGAAUUCAAUCUUAAGGCGCUACAGGUGGCAGAAGCAAAUAACUGUUGUUACUUAUGCCAAAGAGAAUUCAAAAACCAAGAAGAACAAAGUAAUCUUUUGAAAGAAUUGAAAUCUAGAACUGACAGAAACUUUGAGAAGACCUUGCAAAAUAUUGUUGAUUCGGAGGGAAAUUAUUUAAGAACUUUGCGUGGCGCCGAAAAAGAUAUUACGUCCCAAAAAAAUCUUAAGAAAGCUCAGUUGGAAAUCAAUGAGCAGCUCAGGAGUCUGAAAGAGGAGUUAACGAAAAAGAAAAAAGUUUUAUCUACAGUCCAGAACGAUCUCGACGCUUCCAAAGAGCAAUCUGAGUAUGCUGAGAAGUUUAUGCGACCUACUUUUGAGGAACUAGCCCGGUUGAAAAAAGAGAUCGUAUUUUUGGAGGCAAACUGUACUACAAUGGCGGAAGAAUUGAGUAUAUACUCCCAGUCAAAUGAGGAUAUUAUGACAAUGGACGAACUACAAGAGAAGCAGAAAAAGAUUACCGAUACUCUCAGAAAUUUGAGGAGUGAGGUUAGUUCUUUACAGGAAGAGAAAGAAACAAACUCCGAAGAGUUUAGUAAACUAAUGAACAAAAUCAGGGAAAAGACAUUUAAGAUAAACGAUCUUGAAAGACAAUUUGCUGAUAAACAAAACUUGGAGACAACUUUAGUGGAACGGAAAAAAAACAUUGAUCACUUGGAUUCUGUGAUCUUGACAACCCGCUCAAAUAUAGAAAAACUGGCAGAAAAGGUGAUCAGCGAAAAGAAAAACUUGGAAGAAAUGAAUUGCAAGCAUUCUGCUGAGGAAGGUGAAUUGAAGGAGAGUUUUAAUGACCUCAAGCAGAAGUACGAUAAAUAUCGGAACCUUGAGGAGCAAGUUUGUCUAUAUGAAGAGGCUGGUGCUUCAAAUUUGGUCACAUGCAGAGAGGAAGUUGUGAUCAACAAGAGAAGAAUCGAAGAUUUGAGUACAGAGUUGGAUGAAUUGUCAAGAUCUCUAAACGAUCAAAACGGAAAAAUUAAAGAUUCAGCUAACGAGCAGAGAAAUCUGAGGCUCAAUAUUGACUUAUUGGAUCUAAAAGCCCAAUUCACGAAUAUUGAUUCUAGCAUAAGAGAAUUAGAUUUGCAAAAUGCCGAGGCGCAACGUAGUGAGUAUCAACAACAGUCGACUCGAUUGAGAAACGAAUUCGAGAAAUUAAGUGCAGAUAAUGCAGGGCGGAUGGGUGAAAUAAAACAACUUCAGAACCAAAUUGAGUCUCUCAAGAGCCAGCUAGAGUCAGAUUAUAAAGACGUUGAUGUUCAGUACCAAAAAGAGUGGUUAAAAUUGCAAACUAAGUCACUAGUCACAGACGAUAUUGAUGUUUACUCGAAAGCAUUGGAUAGUGCUAUAAUGAAAUAUCACUCGCUGAAAAUGCAGGAUAUCAAUAGAAUUAUAGAUGAACUGUGGAAAAGAACAUACAGUGGAACUGACGUCGACACGAUUAGAAUUAAAUCGGACGAGGUCUCAAAUUCAACACGAGGGAAAUCUUACAAUUAUCGUGUUGUGAUGUAUAAACAGGAUGCGGAAUUAGACAUGAGGGGAAGAUGUUCUGCAGGGCAAAAAGUUUUGGCUUCUAUUAUAAUAAGGCUUGCCCUCUCGGAAACAUUUGGAGCAAACUGUGGUGUAAUUGCGUUAGAUGAACCAACCACUAAUUUGGAUGAAGAGAACAUCGAGAGUUUGGCCAAGUCCCUGAAUAACAUAAUUGAGUUUCGAAGACAUCAGAAGAAUUUCCAGCUCAUCGUCAUUACCCAUGAUGAGAAGUUCUUAACUCACAUGAAUGCUUCCGAUUUUGCAGAUCAUUUUUAUAAAGUUAAAAGAGAUGAUAGGCAAAAAUCGCAAAUCGAAUGGGUCGAUAUUAAUAGGGUGGUCGAAUAA